GUGUUACCUGUAGUAGUACAAAAAAAAAAGAAGCUGUGUCAAGGGUUCAAAACAUGCAAUAGUGCAACUGGCAAAAACCUCAAGUAAAUCAAUUGCUGUUUAAAAGCUUACUGCUAAGAGUUUUGUGCACCGUGUCCAGAAAUAAUUGAGGCGAAUGCCCUUCUCAAGUAAAAGUAAGCCAAGACUGGUGAUGCAGAAACGAACGUCGUCCUGAUGAAGCUUUUCCGCAAGUCCUAUUGAUGGUUGUCGUCCUCCUUGAAGAUAAAAAAGUUUGUUAUUCAGCUUCAGUAGCAAGAUGGUGAGAUGCUUGGCCAUUCAGUAAGUCGUCUCUCCAUUUGCACAACUCAAAUUACAGCUGAUCCUUCACUUGCCCAGAUCACUUAGGGUCGGCCCAACAAGAGCAUAAAAAGGACGAAGCAGAAAUUGCGCGGAAUUAGCAACUGCCGACGUCAUUUCCAUUUAUUAUUUCCUUCUCCUUCCCCCGCCCGCCUCUCGGUUUCGCCGCACCCUCCUUCCGAUGUGCUCCGCGGCUCCCCAUCCCGUCUGCCUAGGGUUUCAUCCAACCAAAUGGCUCCUCUCUGCGCCUUCGUCGGCGCGAACUUGGAUCGCUCCUCCCCGGUUCCGAUCCGCGUCUCAGCGCUGUCGAUCCUUAUCUGGUGGAAAGAUGCGCAAGCGUCGGCAGUUGUUACUCCCAAUGGCUUCUUUCUCUUUCGAUGAGGAUUCUAUGGGUAUCCCUACGCUCGUAGAUGAUGGCUACGGAGUUUCUGGAGAGGAUACCUCGUAUAUGUCUUCCAGCGAUGAUGAAGAUUAUGAUGCAGACCUUCUUGUCUCCACUGUUACUGAUGUCGAGUUGGCCUCAAAUAAGGACCGUUAUGAAACGUCUGAUCCUUCUUUGACAGUGACGGCCCAUCGGUUCGCGACCCUCACAGGGCGGAGGAGGAGAAGAACGCGCAAGGGCAUGUUAAUCAGCAUGACUUUGGUGGCAUUCCUUGUUGGAUUUCUUUUGUUCUUUGAUUGGUGUUCAUGGCAGAUUGUCAGGAUGCCCUUGGAGCCAUUUUUCUUAACACACCCUUUCACUUUGUCAGCAGUUAUAUCAGCAUUUGCAGGAUUUCUGUUUGUCCCUAUAGUUGAUACCAUGAGGAUUUAUCAGAUUAUUAGGAAGGAUGGUCCAACUUCUCACUGGUCUAAAAAGGGUACCCCAAUAAUGGGUGGGCUAUUUUUCAUCCCUGUAGCUAUUGCUGUUGCUUCUGUCAAGGCUGGCAACAAUAGUGCUGCAUUUGGAGCUGUAAUAGGAACCAUUUCAUUUGCAACAAUUGGGUUAUUUGACGACCUUCUAAGCUGUAAUAAUAGUCAGAAUUCUGGCUUACCAGGCUGGGCAAAAUUUGGUUUGCAGAUAGUUGCUGGGACAUUGUUUUCAUUUUGGUUGGAUUCUGCACAUAUAUCAACACCAUACAACAUGAAAUUUUUGGUUCCUCUUCCUCCGCCAUUGGGACUUGUGUAUUUGGGGAAAUUCUAUCUAGUCUUGACAGCAUCAUUAUUUGUCUCUAUGAGUAAUGGAGUCAACAUGACUGAUGGACUUGAUGGCUUGGCUGGUGGGUGUGCUGCUUUGGCUUUUAUGGGAAUGUCCAUAGCUGUUCUUCCAAUAAAUCCUGAACUUGCGAUUUUUGGAUCAUCAAUGUGUGGAGCCUGCAUCGGGUUUCUCUUUCAUAAUAGACAUAAAGCUUCUGUGUUUAUGGGUGAUGUUGGAGCGUUGGCAUUGGGUGGUGCUCUAGCUGCAAUGGCCGCUUUGUCAGGAAUGUUCUUCCCAUUGUUCAUAUCAUCUGGUAUCUUUAUGUUGGAAAAUUUGUCAGUCAUAAUGCAGGUUUUCCACAAAAGGGCUUCUAAACUCUUGUAUAAGAGGAAGAGUAGAAGGGGUAUUGUAGGCACAACAUCAAUCUAUCAUUACUUUGAACUGUGUGGAGUGCAAGAACCUCUAAUUGUUGGUGUCGCUUAUAUAGUAUCAUUCAUCUUGGCACUUGUUGCUGGGUAUGUUGGUUUAAUUUCAGCUUGACUAGCACUUCAUUUGUUGCAUCUUCCUGUGGCUGAAUAUCCUUUAUCCGAGUCUGUUUUGCCUUGAGCUGGUCUGAGGGUAAAGCUAUUUAGUUCAUGAAGUUGUAUUUACUGACCAAACUCUGACUAGCAUCAAUAAGUCUCACCGUUAUUUGGGAGGCAAUGGUAACUGUUGUCUUCACAAUGAGAUGGGCAUCUGCUAAUGAUUGAGAUCGGUUGCAAUGAGAUUAUUCCGGAUGCGGAUGCAUGGAUUAAGGGCGACCUCUUGCAAGUAGCCAUAGGGUAUAUAAUUCAUGCCCGAAACAUUAUUCUUCUGGUGAGAACUGCUGCUGCCUUUGCUUUGCCAAGUGCCUUGCAACAGUGCUUUUGAGGUUUCAGCUUCUAAAUUGUAUAUCGGUAUCCUUGAGAGUUAAGAAACAUUGUAAAACAUCAAUCGUUAUGCUUUGAGAAGAGUACAUGAUACAAAUUGUCUAUAGGGUCCAGAGAAAGUAUAACUAAACCACAGUUUAAUAAAA